UCUUAAAGAAGGUUUUUAAAGCCUCCAUCCAACGGCUGCUGGUUGGGGUGACGUGUUUUCCACGGAGCCACUAGCUUACUAUUUAACCACCUCUGGCUGAAGAUUUUCUUAGGUGAACCAAACAUUUAAAAAGUUCGUUUCUUUGUCAUUUAGUCAUUUCUACCAAUGGCAACCAAGACUCUUAAAUCCUGCCAAGUUGCUGUAAUCGGCGCCGGACCCGCCGGCCUUGUGACUGCACGUGAACUCCGGCGAGAGGGCCAUAAAGUCACCGUCUUUGAACGACAAAACAAAGUUGGCGGGACUUGGGUCUACAGUUCCGAGGCUGAAUCUGACCCGAUGAGCAUCGACCCCAACCGAAACGUAAUUCACUCGAGCGUGUAUGAGUCCCUGCGCAUGAACUUUUGUAGAGAAGUAAUGGGCUAUGGAGAUUACCCGUUUAUAGCAAAAAAAGAUGAUAUAACGGUAGACCCAAACAAGUACCCUUGUCAUAGAGAGGUGUUUCAAUAUCUGCAAGAUUUUGCGAAAGAGUUUAACAUUGAAGAGUUGGUGAGACUUGAAACAGAGGUAGUUUAUGUUGGGUUAGUUGAUGAUACAAAUAUUACUAAGUGGAAAGUCAGGUCUAGAAACAAGAUUGGUAAUGAUGGUCAGUUUAAAAUUGAUGAAGAGAUUUAUGAUGCUGUUGUUGUUUGUAAUGGGCACUACUUUGAACCUCGUAUUGCUGAUAUUCCAGGUAUGAAUUCUUGGCCAGGGAAGCAAAUGCAUAGCCACAAUUACAGGGUUCCUGAGCCCUUCCAAGACCAAGUGGUAAUUUUUAUUGGGCAUUCAAUAAGUAGUAAAGAAAUAUCAAAAGAAGUCGCUGGAGUUGCUAAAGAAGUUCAUAUUGCUUCAAGAUCAGUGGCAGAUGAAACAUAUGAAAAACAGCCUGGAUAUGAUAAUAUGUGGCUUCAUUCUAUGAUAGAAAGCAUUCACGAAGAUGGUUCUGUAGUCUUUCGGAAUGGGAGAGUUGUCCGCGCUCAUUUCAUUCUACAUUGCACCGGGUACAAGUAUCACUUCCCUUUUCUCGACAUCCACGACACCGUGACUGUGGAUCGGGAUGGUAAUCGUGUAGGACCAUUAUACAAGCAUGUUUUCCCACCAGCUCUGGCCCCGGGGCUUUCGUUUGUAGGCAUACCGAUUAAGGCUAUGCCUUUCUUAUUGUCUGAAUAUCAAAGCAAGUGGAUCGCUGCUGUUUUAUCUGGUCGGGUCGAGCUCCCAUCAAAAGAGGAAAUGAUGGAAGAUGUUGAAGCUUUCUACCGUUCACUCGAAGCUUCAGAUCCUCCGAAAAAACACACUCAUGAGAUAUUUCAUUCUCAGUUUGAGUACUACGACUGGAUUGCUGAUAAAUGCAAAUGUGAAGUGUACGAAGAAUGGAGAAAAGAAAUGUUUUUAGGGAAUACGAAGAACAUAAGCCUGCAACCAGACACAUUCCGCAAUGAAAGGGAAGAUGAAGACCUGAUCUUGGAAGCUAAUGAACACCUGACCAAAUCCACUUCAGAAAAGACCAACAGCAAUUGACAUGACCAAGCUCAGUAAGAGCCACCAUUACCCUUUUAGUGCUCAUUUUUAUUAAUCGACCGUGUUCUAUGUGGUCGUUAGAAGGGGUUAAUUUGAGCUAUAACGGGGUUGACAGUAAAGCGUUGGAUUUGGAUUAGCCAUAAUCAACUAGUAAUUUAUCGAUCUUCUUGUCGAUAUUCUUGCUCCUGGUUUGGUUCAUGUAUACUGAUUUGUGCAUGAAGCUGUAUCACUUGUAAACUAAGCUUAGUAUAUACAUGUUUGUUUAUAGUUGAUUAUAACAAGUAAGCUUGCUUGCUGGUUAAUGCAGGUCAGGUGUAAGGAAUUUGAAGAAUAUAUAAUAAAACUCGUACUGUUAUGCUGUGUAA